AUGCUCGUCGACCAGAGUUGGUCACUUGUCUUAAAUGCUAUUAUUGAAAGUUAUUUGAACGAAAGCCCCAUCUGUAUAUUUUGGAAUAAUAUGUUUGAGUUUAAACUGUUACAAGGCGCGGAUUAUAACAGUUCUGAGGGAAUAAAUAUUCAAAUAUAGAAUGCCGAUGUGGUCGACAUAGGAUUAAGGAAAAAAGCGCUUCAAGAGAAAGAUUUGCCGUUUGAAGACCUUCUGUUCAAGAUUACUAUAUCUAUUGAGUUGACGCACUGUGAGACGUUUGUUGUUUUCGACGAAGACAAUGGCCAGUUUGUAGAUGCCUUUACUAAGGCUUCUGUAUACUCAAUAUGGCGGUCUUUACACAAUAAAUUCGAUUCUGCGCAUGUUGCACACGAAUUAAAAGAAUCAAAGCAUAGUUUUUUUUUAGAUCAACCAAACAUCCUAUUUGUUGUGCGAAAUCGUUCAUCCGGCACUGUUUUCGAGUUAAAAACCAACAAAUAUGUUGGACCAAAAUCUGGGAAGCCUGCCCAGCUAAGACUGAUCGACAGAUACUUGGCCUCUGAGCAGCGAUUUCAGUUGGGAAAAUUCUUAUUCCCGGACAAACUUAAGGACUUGCAGGGUCGAGAAGUAAUCAUUGCUGGGUUUGAUUACCGACCCUACACUGUAAUAAAGCAUAACAUUAAGGCCAACGCACGCGACAUAGGUGUUACCAAGGAUUCAGAAUUAAAAGAUGUCCACAUUGAUGGAACUGAAACUCGUAUUGUUUUAAAUUUCUGUGAGAAAUUCAAUUGUACAGUCCAAGUCGAUACAUCUGACGCGGACGAUUGGGGCAAUGUUUAUCCAAAUAUAUCUGGAGAUGGAGCUCUUGGUAUGGUUAUCAAUCAAAAGGCGGAUAUAUGCAUUGGAGCAAUGUACUCUUGGUCUGAAGACUACACAUAUUUAGAUCUCUCUAUGUAUCUUGUGCGUUCGGGAAUAACUUGUCUUGUUCCAGCACCUCUGCGACAAGCUAGUUGGUACCUUCCUUUGGAGCCUUUUCAAGAAGCUCUAUGGGCUGCAGUCCUGGUAUGUCUAUGUAUGGAAACUGUAGGAUUGGUUUUAGGCUUAAGAGGUGAGCAGGCACUAUACCUAGCGGCAAGCGAUAGAGACGGCUGGUGGAUUUGUACAAAGUUCGGACUGUCUACGACAUUUAAGCUUUUCGUAUCUCAAUCGGGAGGCAGCAAAGCUAGUUCUCUUACAGUUCGUGUGCUGCUUUUUGCCUGCUUUCUUAACGACUUAAUCAUUACAAGCAUAUAUAGCGGCGGCCUUGCCAGUAUAUUGACAAUUCCAAGUAUGGAUGAGGCGGCUGACUCAGUCCACCGUUUGCGAUCGCACCGAUUACAAUGGGCAGCUAACUCUGAGGCUUGGGUCUCAGCUAUCAGAGGGUCUGAAGAGCCAAUGGAUAAGGAUUUGUUAAACAAUUUUCACAUCUAUAGCGACGAUCAGCUACUUAAACUAGCCCAGGAGCAGCGAGUGCGCAUUGGAUUUACAGUUGAGCGUUUGCCCUUUGGUCAUUUUGCCAUCGGCAACUAUUUGGUGCCUCAAGCGAUUGAUCAGUUAGUUAUCAUGCAGGAUGACAUAUAUUUCCAGUACACGGUCGCUUUUGUUCCCAGACUGUGGCCACUUCUUGAGCAAUUCAAUACACUAAUCUACAACUGGCAUUCGUCUGGCCUCGACAAAUACUGGGAAUACCGUGUAAUAGCCGAUAACCUAAAUCUGAAGACACAACAACAAGUCGAGGAAACUAUGUCCGGCAGAAAAGAAGACAUUGGUCCAGUCAUGCUUGGAAUGUCUAACUUUGCUGGAUUUUUAAUUCUUUGGAUAUUAGGAUCCGCUGUAGCCAUAUUUGUUUUUUUGAUAGAGCUACUUUAUACGAAGUAUAUACAAAUACAUUAUAAAGAUAAAAAGACAAACUCAAUGCAUUGAAUCUAAAUUUAAUCAAAAAUGUAUAUCUCACUAAUCCAAGAAAACAAAUUAAUUUUUAUUUAUUUUUAACCUUGCAAAU